UUUCGGCUUUUUCCGGCGACUGCCGAAGCGGAUAAGCUUGACGACGACGGCUCUUUCGGCUCAUUUCGGAGACAGCCAUUACUAACGGAGUUGAUGACUUUUUAUUACGUGAUUAAAAACACGUAGGGGCGUUUUACAGAACUGCUGCUCCUUUGGAGAUAUUUAAGCUCCAGAUUCAAGCUUUUUUUUUUUUUUUUAAAAAACUAAAACCUCGGAAGCGAGCCUGGGCUGGAGAAGGAGGGCGCUAGCAGUACGUGGAGCUGAAUUUCAAAUUACGUAACAGUUAAGGCAGCCAUUACUGACCAGUUGUACGGUACUCUCAAGCAGGAAUUCGUAAACCAUGAAGAAUAUGAGGGAAAAGGAGCAGUUCCGCAAACUGUUUAUUGGUGGCUUAAGCUUUGAAACAACAGAGGAAAGCUUGAGGAGUUAUUAUGAGCAAUGGGGAAAGCUUACAGACUGUGUGGUAAUGAGGGAUCCUGCAAGCAAAAGAUCCAGGGGGUUUGGUUUUGUAACAUUCUCCUCCAUGGCUGAAGUUGAUGCAGCCAUGGCUGCAAGACCUCAUACAAUUGAUGGAAGGGUGGUUGAGCCUAAGAGAGCUGUGGCUAGAGAGGAAUCUGGAAAACCUGGUGCUCAUGUUACUGUGAAAAAACUGUUUGUUGGUGGUAUUAAAGAGGACACAGAAGAGCACCACCUUCGUGACUACUUUGAGGAAUAUGGAAAAAUCGACACUAUUGAAAUAAUUACUGACAGACAGUCUGGUAAAAAGAGAGGGUUUGGAUUUGUUACAUUUGAUGACCAUGAUCCCGUGGAUAAAAUUGUGU